CAGCCACCAGAAGCACUACUGGAUCAGGAUUCUUUUUUUGUCAGUGAGCGGAUCAGCUGGGGCACUGGGGCAGGCCAUGGAGGAGGGCGGCCUGCGCGCGAGUAUCCUCGUCAAGGAUGAUGCAACAAGCCAUGAUGGUGAAGAAUCACAGUCUCUACUGGAAGUAUGUCAACAGCCAGAGCUUAAAAGUAGAAGCUCUGACUGGAAAGCACCUGCAAUUAUUCUCGGACUUGAAUGCUUGGAGAGCAUGGCUUUCAAUGGCAUCGCCAUGAACCUAGUUGUUUAUAUCCGCUCAGUUCUCCAUGGUGGCGUUGCCUCAAGCGCUUCAACUGUUUCUCUUUGGUUUGGAACUAGCUUCUUUGUGCCUAUACUUGGAGCUGUCAUAGCGGACACUUACUGGGGCAAUUACAAGACUGUCCUGAUCUCCUUCACAAUAUACCUACUUGGUGCGGUACUCAUUACAGUUGGAGCUUCUAUACCUUCUACUCCAGAGUUAUGCAACUUGAGCUCAUGCCCAUCACCACAGGGAACUCAAAAUGCAAUUUUCUUCUCGGGCUUGUAUCUAGCUGCUGUUGGUUGUGGAGGAGCAAGAUCCGCAUUGCUUCCACUUGGUGCAGACCAAUUCAACAAUGAGAACAGUCUAGAUAUGCAAAAGAGAAGAGAUUUUUUCAGUUUGUUUUAUAUCUGUGUCAUCUUUGGUCUGAUAACUUCAGGAACAAUUGUAGUUUGGGUUCAGGAAAAUGUGAGUUGGGCUAUAGGAUAUGGUAUUGUCACCACGUGCAUAGCUCUCGCUCUGGUAGGCUUUGUGGUCGGAACACCAAUAUUCCGGCGGCGUGAGCCCAGUGGUUCACCAGUAAAGAGUAUUUUACAGGUUAUUGUUGCCGCUUGUAAGAACAUGAGCUUAGAACUCCCUGCUGAUAGCUCUUUCCUUUAUGAGGCGACUAGCAAGAAUACACACGACAGCGAACUCAAACUUGCUCAUACUGAUGAUUUCAGGUUCUUAGACAGAGCAGCUGUUAUUUCUGAUCUGCGCUUGGACAACAGCAGUUGUCAAAGUUCAUGGAGGAUCUGUACUAUAACUCAAGUUGAGGAAUUGAAAAUACUCAUCCGCUUGCUUCCAGUAUGGGUAACUGGAGUAUUCUUUAGUGCUGCAUUCUCACAAAUGCAGACUACCUUCAUUCAGCAGGGAACUGUGAUGAACACCAAGCUUGGCUCGUUUACAAUUCCACCAGCUUCUUUGUGUUCCUUUGAAGUGGUAUGUGUGACCCUUUGGGUUCUUCUUGCGAACAAAGUCAUUGUACCAGCGACCACAUGGUUCACAAGUGGAUCAGAGCUAACGCAGUUGCAGAGGAUCGGGAUUGGGCGUGUCCUUAUGUUUUUUACCAUGGCACUAGCUGCUAUUUUAGAAACGAAGAGGCUAGAGAGUGUCCAGCAUGGCGAGUUAUUGAGCAUCGUGUGGCAGCUCCCACAAUACAUCUUCAUCGCUGGGGCAGAGUGCUUCGGCUUCAUCACUCAGCUGGAGUUCUUCCACGGCCAGGCACCGGACUCCAUGAAGAGCAUAUUGACGGCGUUUGCAUUGCUCACCAUCGCUCUCGGUAACUACUUCAACUCAGCUAUGAUCACCAUCGUUUCAAGGGUGACAAUGGCAUGGCAUAGCCCUGGAUGGAUACCUGAUGAUCUGAACGAAGGGCAUCUUGACUACUUCUACUGGUGCCUUGCAGCAAUCUCAUUUGUAAAUUUAGCUGUCUAUAUCUAUUUUGCUAGUAAGUACAAAUUAAAGAAAUUUGUCAUCCAGUGCUAAAUCCCUUGUAAUCACACCAUUUCUAAAGGUUUAUAAGCCAGAGACCUACAAAAAUAACAAUUUUCUCCCCCC